GAUUGGGAAUCGAAGACGGAAAUAUCGUUUAAUGGGGAUUGAGGUCCCACCCCCUAGAGGAGGUCCUGCUGAUUUCUCUGAUCAAUCUGAAUUUGUUUCUAAAUCAGCACUUAAUCCAGGAGAGGAGACUGCUGCUGAAGUGGGGGAUGAUAAUGAUAGGAAUGAUGAAGUAUCAAUCUGCUUAUCUGAAGGAAGCUCACAAGAAGAGACAAAUGAAGCUCUUCCAAAUGAAGAAACUGGUCACAAAGAUGAUGACCAGAAUCCAGCAUCUACUGAUAAUGUGAAAAUAGAAAUUAUAGAUGAUGAAGAAAGUGAUAUGAUCAGUAAUUCUGAAGUGGAUCAAAUGAGUUCCCUUCUGGAUUAUAAGAAUGAAGAAGUCAGGUUCAUUGAGAAUGAGCUGGAGAAUCACAAGCAGAAGUAUUUUGAACUACAGACGUUUACUCGGAGUUUGAUACUUGCUAUUAAGUCCGAUGAUAAAGAACAGCAGCAGGCACUGCUCUCAGACUUACCUCCUGACUUAGAAGAAAUGGAUUUCAAUCAUGCAUCCCCAGAGCCUGAUGAUACCUCAUUCAGCUUGUCGUCUUUAUCGGAGAAAAAUGCCUCAGACAGUUUGUGAUUUCUCUUUUUUAACUGACAGAAAUGAGACCCUGCAUAACAUGCAGGUUUCACCAGAACAGCAUUUUGCUAGCCAGUGUUCUUCAGUCCAAAAAGGCAAGCCCAAGGUGAAGUACACGUUCCUGAAGGAUGGCUGUAGCACCUCCUGGCUACAGUUUGCACUGUCGAGAAAUGUCAGACGUUGGUUUGGUAAAUGGCAGAACUGUGUGAGGGGAGGUUUCACUGUUAGCAGACUGGCCUUGAUUAGGGUGACUUCUGACUUUCCAGAAUAACUCUUGCUCUGCAGCAAAGUCUCUUUGAGCAGGGAUCCAAGGGUGGAAAACAAAUGACCUGUUAUACAGACA